UUCUUUUUUCUUCUCAGUAAUUUAGCAAAGACAAAUAAGAAAGCCUGUGAAAAUCUUGUGUUUUGUUCCAAAAAUGUAUGAGCCUUUGCUGGAUUGCACGCCCAAGUGGCUUUGUUGUUGGAUUGUUUUAGCAUCUUUUGGAGGAUUUGUUUCUCAUCCUCAUAGCCGACAGAUCAAAUUAAACGACAUGUUGAUCAGAGGAGGCGUUUGCUCCUUGUGAAAGUUAGGAUUAUAAAACAAUAACAAUUACAAUGAUAACGCAUCUGAUAUGAUUAAUCCAAUGUCACACAGUCAUGUAAAACACAAGUGAAAAAAACAUUAUAGAAGUGUUCCUUAGUCAUUCUACGAUGACACUAGUAGAACAUUGAAUAAACGAGCAAACGGCGUUUGUCAUAUGAAGAUUCCAAAAGCUUCCCCGUUUAAUACCCUGGAGAUAUUGACAAGAGGACUUUUUUUUCCUCCAUAACAGUUCUUCAAACAUAUUUGAACACAACCAAACCACCAGCGAUGAGGCGCGUCUGUUGGCAUCGAUGGCGUCGGGUGUAAUCUGACUACCAGCGAGGCCCCAAUUAUCCCAGAUUAGAAAACGUUUCAGAAGAGUCAUGCCAACAGCCUCGUUAUACAAGCGCACUAGAGAUUAACCCUGCACAGCUCGUCAUGUCAUCUGCAUCGCCUAGCUCGGCUCCCUUCAGAAAUCUUCAGUUCCGAUAAAUUUUUUUCCAAACCAUGUUGACUUGAAAUCCUCAAUUAAUAGUUUAGUAUUUACACCUUAUUCUGCAGAAGGGCCCCAGUGAGCGCCUCCUCCAUCAAGUCAGGAAGAUUGCGCGCAAGCAUGCGCGUUAAUGUUGCGUUAAUGACAGUUUCAAUUUGUGUGUACAUUUUUUUAGGUUCCAAUUGUUCCAGCUUUGAAGUUUACAACAAACUUUACAACCUCCUUCCCGAGUCUGACUGGGCCAAUACACUUCAUCAAAGCCAAAAGGUUAAACUGGAAUGAAUAGCGACCAACCCCCCCCACCCAACACCGCCACGCACACUCAGAUAAGGAUAGUGUUGUUUAUCUACGGACAAGUGGAAAAAGUGCUCACACUCUGCAUUUAAGAAGAAGUAUCGAUACGAAUGACACUUUGACACAGAAGAGGAGAAAGAAGUCGAAAGAAGGUGGGUCGCGGGGGAGUGCUGGAGCCUAUCCCCGCUGUCAAUGGGCAGGAGGUGGGGUACACCCUGAACUGGUUGCCAGCCAAUCGCAGGGCACAUCGAGACAAACAGCCACACUCACAAUCACACCUAGGGGCAAUUUAGUGUCCAAUUAAUGUUGCAUCUUUUUGAGAUGUGGGAGGAAACCGGAGUGCCCGGAGAAAACCCACGCAGGCACGGGAAGAACAGAACAUGCAAACUACACACGGGAUUGAAGCGGGUUCUCAGAACUGUGAGACCAAUGGUUUACCAGGGUCGCAGGAACCUUGGAGCCUAUCCCAGCUGUCAUCGGACAGGUGGCGGGAUACACCCUGAACUGGUUGCCCGCCGAUCAAAGGGCACGUGGAGACAGACAACAGUUGCAUUCACAAUCACACCUCUGGGCAAUUUAGAGUGCCCAAUCCACGUUGCAUGUUUUGGAAUGUGGGAGAAAACCGGCUGGGACAUGAACCCCAGUCCUCAGAACCGUGAGGUCAAAGAUCUACGAAGAUGCGGCAUUGUGCCGCCCAUUUAAAAUAUUAAUUUAAUUUAGUUUGGGUGGGGGCUGGAAAGGAUUUGACAUUUGACACGUCCAUUCAUUUCAAAGGGGUAGAUCAUCAGAGAGAUUUUGAGUUCAAAGUGAGGUCAGGGAGCGAAUAAACUCGUAUCUCAAGACUACGUAGAUUCAAUUUCCUUUUAUCUGUUUAUUGAGUGCUCCCUCAGCCAAAAUAGAAAAGCGUUUUCCAUUUUUAUUAACGCAACGAGGGAAUGGCAUCAAUUCGAAUGGUGGGAGUGACACCCCCCAGCCUCCCCCUUACCCCGCCCCCUUCCUCACAAUCACGCGCACGCCUAGUCACGCUGCCUACUGCCCUGAGGUGUGCCGUGCUGCGGAACAACUGAAGCAGCUCGUUAAACGUGCGUUGCAGAUGCGCGUCGCUGCUCCAUAACAGCAGGAAGGAAGCAGGAAGAAGACGGAGGAGGAAGUGGGGGCAAGGGGGCUGGGAAUGGCGAAGUGCCACGGACGACGCUGCGCCUGUUGAGGAGCCCCCUCGAGGACACCCACACUCGCUCGCGUCCCCGACGGCCGUCAUGGAGGACUCGGACCCCGCAGAGGACGGCCUGCUCGCCGGCUUGCGCUGGAACCGGAGCGCGCGGGACCAAGCUCAGCUCAAGCACAAAAUCCGGGACCUGCCGGGACUACUUAAACACGGGCUGCACCUGCGGAAGAAGAGCCAAUCACCUGACACAAUCCCUGGACCAAGUGCUGGAUCAACGGUAAACAAGUCAUGCUCCCAGAGUUUUCCAUGUGCUGGCCGAGCUGUGAGAAAUGGCUUCCUGUCACAUGGACCAUAUCCAGCUAAAGACAAGAUACACCUGGCUAGAAUUAUACGGCGCAGCUAUGUGGGUGUUGAGCUCGUGCAGUGGCUGUGUGAGCAGUGUGUGUACGUGCGCUGUCGGACCACCGCCGUGCGUGUCUGGCAGGUGCUGCUGGAGCUCGGAGUCCUCCUGUCUGUGGACCAGCGCGUCGUCUUCUCAGACUCCAACUCUUACUACCAGUUCAGUUUUGAGGAGUGCGACUCGACCUCCUGCGAAUUUCGGGCCAACGAAGCGGAUUGGCCCGAGGCUGUUAGGCUCCUCUUGCAACUUGCACCGUAUGUUCAGUUUCGCUCAGGAGACAGAACCAACAGCCCGUCGGAGGAGGACUCUGAGGGAAACCGGGAUGUCUGCAGUGAGAUCCUCCAGAUGAACGCGCUAGAACGGCUCACAUCGACAGUACAAAGCGAGUUGGCAGCUGCUCUUGCCCGAAAGACACGCAAAGCUUUAUCAGAGCAGGACUCUGACAUGCCGGACACGAGCCAGCAAGACGUCCGCUCACCGAGUGUAGACACCAGCCCGCUGGGGGGCAUGUGUGCUCUGCAAGUAGGUGGAGGCACCGACGGCGGAGGCGGCGGUGGCGGCGGCGGGACCGUGUGCGGCCGUGAGGAGCUGACCAGCCGACUGGGCUUUGAGGCCGUUCAGCGGCUGGCCAAGGACGGCUGCCGACUGCUGCAGAACCACAACUACCGGUUACCUGACAGGAACCAGGCGGAGGUCGUUGGGAGGGUUUGUCUGAAGGAGCGAGGAAGGGACGUUUUGGUGUUGCAACGAGUAACAUCGUCACUGACGUCGCCGUCAGAACGGCCCUCGCCCACUUCGUUGGGGGGCGGGUCCAGAGAGGAAGACAAAAGGUAUGUGGUGGUGUCCGGAACGCCGCUGAAGAUUUUGGAACAUCUGCUAAGCGACCUGCGUCUAGAUGACCAAAGAGGAGCCCCUGAGAGCAGAGAGAGUGAAAUGCUGUUGGACGACUUCCUGCUAACCUACCUGGUGUUCAUGUCCACCAACGACCUCUGUCAGGCUCUCCUGGGACACUAUAGCAGUGCACGCGGGCGAGGCCAGGAGGAGGGCAAGGAUACUCUUUUCCGGAAGCGCAAGGUCCUGCAGCUGGUCUCCCACUGGAGCCGACUCUACAAGGACUUCCUCAAGGAGGAGGAGCACGUUCGGGGCUUCAUGAAGACUCUGUACAGGUGUGUCCUGGAGGAUCUGUAUGAGUUUCCGACGCUUGAGAAAGACCUCAAAGAGUUCCAGAAGCUUCUGCGCCGUCGACACACCGUGGAUGACUGUCCACCGAAUCAAAAGAGCAAACAAAUGCACCAACAGUUGAGUUUGAAGGAAAACUGUUUGCAACUCCGCUCCCCGCAAUCUGAGACUAGAGAAGUUAUUUGCUGUGUUUACGUAAGCACCGACUCCUACCUGAGCGUCCACACGCACCCCUCUCUGGAGGCCCACGAGCUGCUAAGAAUUGUGAGACUGAAGAUGGACAGGUCAGAAGAAGACAUGGUGCUUGCUGUGGUCACCCACAGUGGAGAGCGGAGGAUGUUACAGCCCAGCGACUGCGUGUAUUCAGAGUCUCUGACCCCGCAGGGCAAGCUUGUGGUCUGCCGCAGGGAUCUCGCUGAGAUCUUGCCCCCUUUAACGGACAGUGCCGAGCUCAGCAGGAGGCCAGUGCGCCUUUUAGGGAUCAACACGUGGGAUGUGGCGGCGGCUCUCACACAUCUGGACUGGAGCCUCUUCAAAUCCAUCCAUGAGCAAGAACUGGUCUACUACACUCUCAGGCGGAUUCCCGGCGGCAGCCACACAGCCGCGCUCUCCGUCUUGCUGCAGCGCUGCAACGAGGUCCAGCAGUGGGUCAUGUCUGAGGUCCUCAUGUGCACGUCGCUCACCAAGAGAGUGCAGCUCCUGAAAAAGUUCAUCAAGAUCGCAGCACACUGCAAAGCGCAAAGGAAUUUGAACUCUGCCUUCGCCAUCAUCAUGGGGCUCAACACAGCAGCCGUGAGUCGUCUGAACCAAACAUGGGAAAAAUGUCCUGGGAAGUUCAAAAAGCUUUUCGCAGAGUUGGAGCUGAUCACGGAUCCGUCUCUUAACCACAAAGCCUACAGAGAAGCUUUUAAGCGAAUGAAACCUCCGAAGAUCCCUUUCAUGCCUCUCCUCUUGAAAGAUAUUACAUUUAUCCACGAGGGCAACAAGACCUUCCACGACAACCUGGUGAACUUUGAGAAGUUGCAUAUGAUCGCAGACACGGUUCGAAUGAUUCGACACUGCCAAAGCGAACAAACAGGCAACGAGGUGAUCGGCGUCGACAGCGCGGAGCUGAGGGCCAACGUUCACUACCUGCACAUCAUCGACAAUCAGCAGACGCUCUUCGAGCUGUCGCACAAACUCGAGCCGCGGGCUUAGCGCGCACGGCCUCUUCGCGGACACGAGAGAAGUAGCACAGCGCCGGUGCCGUCGAGCCAGCACUGAUAAAUUGUGCGACACGCAAGGAACGCUGUACAGCACACGUCACACACUUGCACAUGCGCAGCAACGAACAACCACUAGAGGUGCCAAGUUGACCACGAGGUGCUAUUUGUUUGGACAAAACCACCUUGUAGACACGCGGCACACCUCUAAAGGAUCUAUUAACUCCAUCAUCGGAGUAUAGAGAAGGAUGUAAUUAAGUUGUACAGUAUCUAUUGGACUAAAUAUGACCUUGAUUUUGUUUUUGUUUGUUUGUGAUAAGCUUUUGGUUAUUUAUGAACCUGUCAAGCAGGUGGAAUGUUCCUUUCAUUUGUGUUGUUGCCUCAGUGUACUGUAGGUCAACAGCGACUUUGAUGGUCUCGUCAUUUCAGUUACAAAAAAAUACAUAAAUUGCCGACUGAG